CCAAAAAUAGAUACAUUUGUGAAUUGCCAAAAAUAGAAAUGAUAGAGGCUCUCAUCAACCACGACGUCAUAUAUUUUUGUGGGUUGGAAACCUUUGCUAGUAUACAUGGCACUGGAGCUAAGCGUCGAGGAAGUGAAGAACGCUGCACUUUGUGUUUUACAAGAAGCCGAACAAAGGAUAAAAUCUCUUGAAGCUCUGGUUGUGACGACAAAGAGCCAAUUGGAUGAAGCAAAGGAACAGUUGUUUCGAAUGAGACAAGUUGAAGUAGAAGUUGAGCAAUGGAAGAAACGUGCAACUGGUUUAGAGAAACGCGUGUUAGAGCUCUCCGAAGAAAGGGAACAAUUGUCAGGACAACUGAAAGAAAAAAAUGCUUUGCAGAAAAACUGCAACUUAUGUUUACCUAUGAAACUAAAAAUAAUUGCGCCCAUUUCGGUUGAAGUGUUGCCUGUUGUAAGGGAGACAGAAGAGGUAUUUGUUGGAAGGAAAAAGGUUUCAACUGCAACUUUUAGCGUUGGCUAUUAUUGUUGUUUCUCCAUUCCAAAUAACGAUUCGUGUAUGGGAGAUAACUUCAAUAGUGUUCAUAAAGCAACGAAUGAUGAGGAGUGCGGACAAUGGAAACAGAAAAGAUAUUCAUGUUCUUCCAUCACAAGUGAAUCUGAUUCAUUUGUUUGUCCAGAUUCUUCCAGUGAAAAUAGAAUACAUCGAAAUUCAGAAGAACAACCAGAUCGUCUCACAAGUGUUUCGCAGUCUCCUACUUUACAGAGAUCGAAUAUGUAUGACAAUAUUUCACAGACAAUCGAUAUUUUCUCUUUUUAUUCAGUGCACUCAUCUCUGAUGAUAGCUGUUGGCAAAUUGAUUCUGCAACAAGUUGAAAAGCAUACCUUUUGUUGGAAAGGAAUGGAAGAUUUGUCCAUGGAAGAUUUGAACAAGUUCAACUCGGUUGUGAAUCAUAUGAUUCCUUGUUGGGAUAUUUCCCAGUUGGUCAGAUAUGAACUUUAUAGUGGCAAGUGGAUUCCAUGUUUUAAAAAUAUAUGGAGACAGAUUGUAAUGCAAUUUGAUGACCAACGAAAAAUAAUAGAAAGUGAACAUUUCUUGUUCUUUGGAAUGACAUUGUUUUGUUGUUUCUUUAAUUGGAAAAUGGAAAGAUCGGUUAAGACAGAAGAAUCCGAAAUUCACUGUUAUUUAGAUGAAAGUCUUCAUGAAGACCGUAUCGAUGACAACGUAAAGAGGAAUGUGAGGUCGAAACUACCUAAUGCAACACACAGCAGUUUUCAACCAAACAUGGAACAUUUUUUGACAAUUCGUCGAGCCAUGGAGAAAAUUAUACAUUUGCUUAUUCUUACAAAUGACAAAGCAGUCAAAAAAUGUCAUUAUUGGAAGGAGCAAGCACAAUAUCAUGAGAAAAAGGCUUCAUUGUUUCAAAGUGAGUUGUCACAAUGGAAUUUCGUUGAGUUGAAAGAAGUAGUCAAUCUAAAACAAAUGAGAGAUGACCUUUCGAAAGAGCUUGAUGGAUUCAAGAGCUUCAUGAAGAAUUUGCAAGAGAUGUAUCAUUCUGAUAUGAUGAGUCGUGGGUAUCAAGGAAAGUCAAUCAAACAACUUCUUCAUGACAGGAUAAAGGCAUUGAGUCUAGAGAUUGAAAAAUUGGAGCAUGAAAGAACGAAAUGGACGGAAGAACGGAACAAGACUGACGCCAAAGUUCAGCAAAUGCAACUUCAAACUGAGGAUUGGAAAACGAAAGUGGAAAGGUUGCAAGAUUUACUGAUAAGAAAUGAAAACAUGAGAAUGCAAUUGGAAAGAAAGAUAGUGAAUGCGGAAGAACAAGGACGUAGAGCAAAGGCAGAGUAUGAAAAGUUGACGGAAACAAAAGAAUUGCAAAUAUUUAACUCUCAAAAGACUAUAAAUGAGCUGCGUAUACAAUUGGAACGAGUCGAGCAGCAUUUGGUAGAAACUCGUAAACGAGAAUAUCUAUUAGAAACUCAAGUUGACACGUUACAACGAGCUUUAGAGUCGACAAAAGAUGAGCUAGUAGUAGAACUUGUUGAUACAAAGAUAAAACUUGCUCAAUCAUACGAAGAACUGGAAACAUUGCAAUCACGAAAGAGAGGCAUUUCUUGAGCGAUGCAAACCUACGAACGAUAUUCAUGGAUUGGAUAGCAUUUGUUAGUUGUUUCUAUUGGGUUUCAAGUAAAGCAACAACGUGUACUUUUCCUAAGAAUCGCCUGUUUAU